AUGUCUAGAACUUUCCUCAUUUUUGCCCUUCUUGCCUGUAUUUUGGUUAUUGAAGCAUAUAAAGUUCCAACCGACGCAGCGACUCAGCUGAAGUUGAAGAAGAGAGGACAGGCUUGUAUGAAACGAAUUCUGCCAAAGAACGGACCAUCGAAGGCGCUGCAAAAGGAGUUGGCGGUAUGCUUCAAAGUGGACUGUGCAAUGGCGAUCAUUCCAAAAGUCGAACGACAAUUUCCUCAUGAAUUCCCAAUUUUGAAGGGAUGUAUGGGAUACUAA